UACCACAUACAUGUUUGAGGUGACGAAACCACUCCACUUGGCUUGCUCAUACAUUGUUAUUACGGUCUUAGUUGAUGGUUUAGUGUUUUGUUUGUUAAGAAAGAUUGAUAUGAAUAUGCGUGGGAUAUCUUUACACUGGUAUAUCUUCUUGCAAGUCACACUUAUAGGAGAAUUAACGUGCGCAAACGUUCUGGAUGUGACAUGCAUCAACUUCAACCCCAUCUACGAUACCAGCUCCACAGCAUCCUACGCCGCCAUCUUGAAUGGAGCUGACGUCACAAGCAUGGUGUCCUUCCAGAGGUCGGUAUACUUGGAUACGGGGGACAGGCAGUCAACCUGGUGUUCGCUGGGUGAUGAUGCAGGAGCAUGCGGGUUGCCUCCAGGAUCGACGAUCGACGCAUCGGGAAGAGUUGCUUUCCAAAGUACAGAUCAAGAUAAAUUUGGUGCUUACGGAUGCCGAGCGCAGAGAUACAACUGGACGACUGAGACGUCCACUAUAUUCAUCAGAAAUGAUGCUGAUUUCACUCCUGAUUACUUCACGGUUACAGUAAGUCUCGAUGAGGAGGUUCGUCUGGUAAUGACUCCUGGAUCAUCUAGUGGAACUGGUCCACUAGAAUGGAUAUUAAAUCACGAAGAUGGUGGCCAAUCUUACCUGUCUUCUAGUGUUUCUGGGGAUGCCCUCUACAUCAGCAGGGCUAAGAAAGCGGACCAUGCUGGUAUUCACCAUUACUUCUAUUCCGACGAUCCAGAUAAAGGAGGACUAAUGAAGCUUAUUGUUAGAGGACUAAUAUUUGCACGACGAUUAAGACUUUUUUUAAUGGUUACAGCUUGUCUUGAUAACCUAUGGGGACCUGGCUGUCAGUACACAUGUCCUACAUGCUACAAUGGAGGAGUCUGUGAUGAUGUGAGUGGACGCUGUGUGUGUCCACCUGGUUUCAGUGGCGACCACUGCCAAAUUGCAUGUGAAGCUGGUAAGUUUGGACAGGGAUGUUCUGGAUCUUGCACUACCCUUGAAUCUGGUCGGACUGACUGCAGUGGAGCUGUGUUCUGUCUCUCGGAUCCGCAUGGAUGUUCGUGUGCUGCAGGGUGGACUGGGUUACAAUGUGACCAAGAAUGUCCUGAUGGUUCGUACGGCGCAGGAUGCACGGAGACAUGUCACUGCGUCUCUCCAGGAACAUGCGACCGUCUUACCGGUGCCUGUUCUAAUGGUUGCGAAGAUGGCUGGAUUGGAGAUCAAUGCCAAGUGACUAUUUUGGACAUCACAGCUAUGUUAAGAGGAGGUGUCUAUGAUGCAACGGCUGACAAUAAUUUCCUUGGUAUAUUCAUGAUUGGGGAUAGUACGGUAACCGGAGAUCUUUCCUUGUCAUAUUACAUCGGACGAGAAGUCGACACGGGACCAGGAGAGACUGGUCACGGAGCUUACUUAAAGGUUGAUGGCUUAGCGGUGACACAAGCAUGGGAAGAGACAGGGCUGCCUCCCGGAACACAGUUUACUAACGAAGUCCAUACAGCGCAACGCUCGUUAAGAGCUGCACUGGAUAAAACAAGUGGCGGAGAUGCACGUGUCGGUGCAUAUCGAAUGUCCGUCGAUUUCAAGGGAUGGACCGAGCGAAAUCUCAUGCUGAACGAGUUUCGCGGUGAUUCUAAUUCAGAGGUUUGGCCUGAGAAAUUAUCAAUUACAGUAGGGAUUGGCGAGACCGUCACUCUCGACGUAUCAACGACACAGUCUGUAGACACUUCAUCUUUGAGAUGGCGACUCAACGGAGGAAGUGACAUCAUCGAAUGGGAUGGCAUGAUAUUAGUUACCAUCUAUGACGUCAGGAAGUCAGAUGAAGGAAUUUACGAGUGCUACGUCGAGGGUAACAGAGAGACAGGAAAACAUGCUAUUCUUAAGCUUAUCGUAAGAAGUUGCCCAUCUUCCAAGUACGGUUUGGAUUGCUCACAGAACUGUCCCGUGUGUUACGCUGGUGGGAUAUGUCAUGACGUCACGGGAGAAUGUGUAUGUCGAUCAGGAUUCCAAGGAGUUAAUUGUGAAACAGCCUGUGGUGACAACAACUGGGGAAAAUCCUGUACUGUGGUUUGCUCUAGUGAUAACCCCGGCUGCCCAAACUCGUUAUUUUCACCACCAAACCCUAUCGGGAUAGCUUGUAUCAAUGGAUUUGGAGGAAACAGGUGUCAAACAGCACUGUUUUUGUUGUUGCAAUCCAAUUGUUGCAAGAGGAGGAAACUGGUGAUUACCAACACUCUCUUUGAGCAGCACCCUAGACGUCGCUAUACAUGGAAAGCACCUGGGGAUAUUGCACGCUACCAGAUUGACUAUAUUCGUGUGAACCAGCGGUACAAGAAUAGUGUUAAGAAGUCCAGGCGCAGACUGUUACUCGGAUCACAACUUGGUGCUGAUGACAGUGCAGCUGAAACUAAAGAAGAUGAGGAGGAGCUGUAA